GUUUGCACCAAUAUAAAUGGGACGCCAAAAUGUACUACUUUUAUUAUCUUCCAUUCUCCGUCAAUAAACCUGCCGAGUUAAAAAAAAUGGAAAUCAAAACACUUUUAACUGGGGCAUUUCUACUUCUCGGGAUGAGUUGCAUUACAAACGGAAUUUCGUCCCCCAACUUUAUCACCGAUGAAGAAUUCAAACAAGCCGAGCUCCUUAGUAGCAGCAAACCCUUUACGAAUGACACACCACCCUUAAUACUGCCACCGCAGGACACCGCGAGAUUUCAAACUAGGGCUGUUGGGAUGAGAAUAUGGACCAACGCUCAGGUCCCUUAUAUGCUAGACGCCAAGUUUACAGCAGACAUGCGCGUCCGGGUUGCCGAAGCGAUAAACAACUUUCACAAGAACACCUGCAUCCGCUUUGUUCCGAAGCAGAAUCGUCACACGUCUUGGGUUAAAAUCUUGUAUGACGACAAUGUCUGCGGCUUGGCGCACAUGUGUAUGAAUAAUGGCGCCCAAUUUGCUAAGUUUGGGGGAGGCUGUGUCACGAGUGGCGUUAUGACGCACGAAUUAGGUCACACCCUCUGUCUCGGACACGAGCAGACACGGCAAGAUCGAGAUAAUUGGAUUGGAUUCGACACUUCGAAAUGCAGCCCGCCAGGAAAGGACGAUUUACCAUUUGGUCUGCACAAGCUCUACGAUUACGUCAGUAUUGAACAUUACGAAGGGGAAUGUUACAACGGCUGCUAUUUACCGAAGCAACCAGGCGUUACCAAGUGUGGGAGUGGGGGUUCGCUUUCCGUCCUGGAUAUCGAACUGUUAAAUGAAAUGUAUGGCUGUAAUUCUGAUUGCCUCGGUUACCGUUUCGUGAACAGAAACUCCUUGACCAGUUCGUCCAAUAUGGUGCUAAUUGGUUGGGAGGCGGAUGGCACGCCUUUAUACAACUGUCGUGUCUACCAUCAAGGGGACAUUAUUCCUGGAAAGUAUCAUACUGCGUCUAAAAACUGCGACAUCGUCUGGGGCGGGAGAGAGUAUGCGAAGGGAGGAUCUGACCAAAUCGAAGUUUUGACCAAUCCUCACUCCAAUGCGCUGAGGUGGGUGAGAUCUGACACUCUUCCCGCGGGGGCGAUCCGUGGAGGAAGAACGGCUUCAAGGGAAACGCUCUAUGUGGUCAGUUGUCUAAACAAUAAUAGAAACUGGAUGCCUGGCUCGUACCAUGUAAGCGGGGGCGGGUAUUAUGGUUUUGGCGGGAGUGAGUUUAAAUGUAAAAGUGGUGACAUGGAGUUUCUUGUAUGCACUUAAUAUUAAUAAUACAUAGUAUGAUUUACAUACGAAAAAAUCGUAAUUAACGGAAUCAUUUGACGUAAUCUUAUAAAUGAGGGGAUCAUUAUAAAAUAUAUAAUCUUGGUAGAAAAAUGUAUUACGUGUAAUAAAAUCAGUUCAAUUUUACAAUA